ACAACAAUGGAAAAUGCUUAGAUUCGCCCAAAUACUUCCAAAAUUUAAGAAUUAUCUGUGUAAAUGUUAAUUGUUGUUUAGGGUGGUGCUAAUGGCGUCAAUCUUUUCAAAUAUUUUAUAGGCCAAGACUUGCUUUAAAUUCCAAAUUAUUUAUACGUUUUAUAUGCUAGAAAAGUUUUCCUUAACCUCAUUUAUAGGUUAUUGUUAGUUUAAUUGUAUAAUGCUUAGAAUUAAUACAAUUAUUACAGUACCGGUAGGCCUAUCUUUAUUAGCUGAUUAGUCGCUAGGGACCUAUAGCAAUAAGCAAGCAAAAUGUGUGAAUUUCAAUCGUUUACACAUUGCCAGUGGGAAUUAACCCGCAUCCCUCCAAAAGGAUUGUCACUCAAAGACAUAGACCCAAUCUGUGAAUUCCUAAAGAAAGGCUUGAUAACAUGUGGACGGGCAGUGAACAACACCAUCCCUUGCCCCAGUAUGCUGAGUUCAAGACGACAUUGCAGCUUCAUUUUGAAAUAUGACGGAUCUUUGUUCAUCCAUGAUCACAAUAGUUUAAAUGGAACUUUUUUGAAUGACACGAAAAUUCUGACAGAGCGAGAGAUAGCCCUUAGCGAUGGAGACGUGAUUGGGCUUGGUGUGGAUCCGACACAGGAUUAUGAUGUUGCACACCCGCCCACCCAUAAUGUGGCAUCACCGCUCCCAUUCAUAUUCAAAUUAAAACGGAGGAUUCUCACAAGGGAGGAAGCUAAGAGAUGUGAUGCAGACACCUUAGUCCCUAUACUGGGGCAGAGUUCUUUCAGCGGCCUUAGCGCUCAGAGAAACAUCCAUAUAAGUGAACCUUCUACUUCUCGGUGCACAAACUAUGUUGAGAAUGUUAGGGCUUCAAACACUCCUAAAACAGAUUAUAUAAUCGAAAUAAGUGAUGAUACUCCCAAAACAGAAAUAGGGUUCAAAACAAAUGAUACUGUUGAAAUAACUGACAAUGUUCCUAAAAAGGAAAUAGGGUUAAAAGGAAACGAUAUUUUAAAAAUAAGUGACGAUUCUUCCAAAAAGGAAAUAGAGUUAAAAAAAAGUGAUACUGUUGAAAUAAGUGACCAUGCUCCUACAAAGGAAAUAGAGUUAAAAGAAAUUGAUAUUGUCGAAUUAAGUGAUGAUGACGAACCUUACCCCAGGAACAAUAUAGAUGAGGUACUACCAUCCAAUAAAGAGGCUAGUAGUAAAGCUGAUGAAGCUGUUCGUUCUAAUAACGACCCUCCAGUUGAAAAAACGGCAGAAAAUAAAAAAAUAGAAGAGUCAGUAGAAAACAAGAAAAUACAAGAUUCAGCAGAAAAUGAGAAAGGUAAAGAGUCAGCAGAAAGUGAGAAAGUCAAAGAGUCAGAAGUUAAUGAGAAAGAUCAACAACUAAAAAAAAAAAAAGAGAAUCUACUUAAUUCCAACACCUUUAAUGACGAAAUUAUUUACAUUGACGACGACGAUGAUUAUGGAGAGUUGCCAUGUUCUCAGUUAUUUGAUGUUGAUUCUGAUGGUAAUAAUGAUGUACAGAUAGUAGACGAAAAAGAUGGUGGUCCAGCCAAUGUAGAGGAAAAAGAUGAUGAUCAAGCAAAUGGCUGGUUUGUGAUUGAUGAUAUAAAUGAUUCUGACAGUGAUAGUGACGCUGAACAAUGGUUCCAGCGUCUUUCUCAGAGUCAGAGAGAUAGCGAUGGAGAAGACAAAGAAGAAGAUAAAUCUGAUACUAGCCAAGAAGAAGUCUCCAACCAACAUAUUAACAUAGGAGAAACAAUAUCUGAUAUUGACGAAAAUGGUGUACUAUGUGCUGAUGAGGAUGAAAAUGAUGAGGAUAACAAUGAUCAGGAUGACAAUGAUGAGGAGCCUGUGACUAAGAUUGUUCUAUCCGGCAGUAAAAGAAAACUGUCCACAUCUUCAGAAGAAGAUGAAGAAGAGUUUCUUCUUGUUUCUUCAAGUACAACUAGCACUUCAAAAACAACAUCAGAAAAACAAUCACAUUCAAAGGAAAUUCUAAAUAAAAGAGAAUCUUCAACAAUUUCAGCAAAACUUGUUGAAAGCAAUUCUCAAACAUCAACAAGUAAACAACCCUUAGAUAAUACUAAUGCAAAAGAACGAUCUCACAAGAAACGUAAGUCUAGAACAAUUAUAGAAUCAGAUGAAGAUACCUGCUCAUCUUCUUCUAGUAAAAGAACAAAGAAACGCCAUUCAAAGAGUAUUGACAGUAAUACAUUACCAGAUAUUGCCAUAGAAAAGAAAAACCAUGACAGUAAACAUAAAAGAAAGCAAAGUUCUGACAGUGAUUCUCGUACCUCCUGCAGUGGGGAGAGCAAUGAAGACCUCUUGGAUUCAAGCUCAACAGAUUUGAGUGUCGAUUCUGUUUUAGAAGUAAUUUCUAAAUGUUCAAGUGCGAUUGUAGGGCCUUUCGUUGCUAUACACCGUGGAAGUCAAAGAAAAAAUGCUUCUAAAGUUUCUGAUUCUGAACCGAAAGAGAGGAAUAAUGAAAAACCAAAGACAGAUGAAGGUCGUAACUUUGAGGAUACCGUUCCAAUGAUUAAUGAGGAUAGAUCCUCUACAGACUCUAACUCGAAAGAGAGAAAAAAUCAAAAAUCAAAGACAGAUGAAGGUCGUAACAUUGAGGAGACAGUUUCAUCGGUUAAUGAAGAUAGAUCCCCUACAAACUCUGAAUCAAAAGAGAGAAAAAUUAAAAAACCAAAAACAGAUGAAGGUCCUAACAUUGAGGAGACAGUUCCAAUGGUUAAUGAGGCUAGAUCCUCUACAGACACCGAUUCAAAACUUCUUGAACUUACUAAAAAAGUAAGUUCCCAAAAAAAGAAAAAUAUACCCAUCAUUGAUGCUAAACCAUUAAAAUCCAGGAAAAAUUCUGUCCCUCCAGAAUCGGAAACUUUAGUUAAAAAAAAUGAAAAAGUAAAUGACAAAAAACAUGAUCAGUGGUUAUCAAAUAACAAUACAUCAAGUGCACAUUCAUCUAAAUACAAAGCGGACAUUAAAGCUUAUAGGAAAGAGAAGUUAAAGGACCUCGCUUUAAAAGAAGCACAAAAACAACAGGACAAACCUAAGACUUUCACUGCCACUAGCCACAAGACGAAAACCACUUUAAAGUCACGAAGUGAUACAUUGCUGCAGGAUCUUUCCUUGGCAUCUUUUAAAAUCCCUCGCCGGGCUUCUAAAGGUGAAGAGGAUGGGCCAACCUCAAAUAAACCUGAUUCGCAACUGAAACCACAGAGCACUGAACCAGCCGUGCAGUCAAUAACUGCGGAGGCAAAAUUGGUUGCCAACUCUGCAAAAAAAGAUGGCAUUCAAAUUAAGCAACCUGUGUUUGGAGUUGAAAAUGAGGAACCAAUCACAGUUGUUGAACUUGAUGAUGAGGAGUACAAAAUAAAAUUUCCAUUUUAUUUGCCAGGAACAAAACAAAAAUCCAAUUUAAAGGAUAAAACAAAAGUAAAGGAUAAAACAAAACGUGUCAAAUUCAACUUCCCAAACGAUAUAUCAAGAAAUAUAAUAUAUAGAAGUGUUUGUUUCUUUGACAAGGAGGAAGGUAACACAAUGAAACCUGUAACCAAAACUGCGAGGAAAGAUUUUAAUAUAAAAUCCAAUAAACAAUAUUUACGGCGACCUGAAUAUACUGAUUAUUUUGAUGAGACCAUAUAUGCAGUUUGCAAGUGGAAUGUAUCCUGGUUUGAGGAAAAGGACAAGGUAAAGAAAGAUCCCCCGGUGUUUAGCGGACAAGUGUAUCACUUGAGUGAAGAGUUCACCGAUUACAAGGAUUACAGGCGAGAAUACUUCCCGCUGUUGAUGUACGAACUGUGGGGCAGCCUAUCUAAACACUUUGAUCAGGUCAUCCUCAAACAGCAGAACAAAAGUCCAAUUUGUUAUGUGGACAUAAGAUCAAUAAAGUUCCGAGAGGUAAAAAAGUUUUUUCCCAGUGAGAAAAAAGAAGUUUUGGCUUGUUUGUACUGUCAAGUGUUGCUUGACAACAAGAAACAAGAAACUUGGCCCAGACCUGGAGACUUGGUGAUGGUUUCUGUAGUGUUGAAGCCAUCCAGACCUAUAAUCAAUCAUAAAGGAGAGACUUGUCAGAUUAGAGGCGGGGAGAAGAGAUUGCUGGGUUAUGUGUCCGAGAUGUCUAAACAAAACAACUUGUCAAACCACCAUGAUGUUUCUCCGAAACUGAAAAAACAACACCCCAAUGCAAAUGUUGUAGUGGAUGGCUUCACUAUCUUGAUGAGAGGAAAUCCAGAUCAAGAAAUUGAUACAUCAGUGCUGUCAAGGGUCAAAGUAAUUAAGAAUAUCAAGCCUAACUUGCGAUCUUUUGAAGCAUUGGAUCGCCUACCCAUUUCUCCUCUGUGCAUGCAAAUAUGCCAACCCAAGAUGAACUUGCCAGUCGUAAACAUCUCUUCAGAUCAACCCGGUCCACCUUUGGCAAAUAAACUUAACCCUGCACAGAAGAAAGCUAUUUAUAACAUUGCAAGAGAGUGUGUUCAAGAUACCAACAUGAUCCAUUUGGUGCACGGGCCACCUGGCUGCGGCAAGUCUGAGGUGAUCACGAACAUCAUCCUGCAGAUGUGGUUGGACUGGCAUGGUUCUAAACAGUUUAGCGGCACUUUUCAACAGAUCCUUCUGUGUGCGCCUUCUAACUCUGCGAUCGAUGAACUGGUCAACAAGUUGAUCAUCCGCAAUGAAGAACUUACGCAGUUCAAAGGUGUUUCCAAGUUUUCACUGGUCCGUGUGGGUGUUGAGCAGAGCACUCAUGAGAGUUGUUCUGGAUACACACUAGACUCCUUGGCGAAGAUGGAACUGAAAAAACUGACGGAGGUGAAAGCAGAUGAAAACCAAAAGAGGCUACAGAUUAGUUUAUUGGAAGGAAAAAAACAGAAACUGACCCAAGAACUGGAUUCUUUAACAAAUAGCAAUUAUAAUUUACCUGGAGACAAGACGAAAGUAGACAUGAAACAGAUAAGAUCCGUAGAAAAGAAAUUGGCUGACACCAAAGCAAAAAUCCAUUACUUUGAAAGCGGAAAAGAGCCAACUGAAAGAGAAAAAGCAAUUAAGUAUAAAGAGUUCCAGUUGGAAAUUUUAGAAAAAGCUAACAUUGUUGCAACCACCCUGUCAUCUUGCUACAACGGAAUCAUGGCUGAGGCCACCAGGAGAAGGUUCGUCAAGUUUAACUGUUGCAUUGUCGAUGAGGCAACACAAAGUACCGAGCCGGAUACCCUCAUUCCCCUUAUGUUGGGGGUGAGGAAACUGGUGCUGGUAGGAGAUCCCAAACAGCUGCCUGCUACAGUCAUGACCUCAACUGCAAAAGUACAUGGAUUGGAAAAAUCCACAUUCGCAAGGCAUUAUGACUGGUGGAAGAAACAGCAGUUGAUGAAUGCUGACCUCGUAAACCCCUGCCACUUCUUGAACAUACAAUACCGAAUGCAUCCAGAGAUUGCACAAUGGCCUUCGGAAUACUUUUACGAGAACAGACUUCUCUCUCCAGAGUUGUUGAGAGAUCGUAGCAGAACGUUCCCUUUAGUGCCAUACAUAGUGCUCAGUCAUGACUACAAAACGAACGUCAAGGACUCUGAGUGCAAUGAUGAAGAAGCUAACCUUGUGGCUUUUAUCAUCCGUUCUAUUUCCAACCACCAGCUGUGCAAAUCAAAAAAGAUCAGUGUCAUAAGCCCCUACAAUCGUCAUAAGGAUGAACUCAAAAGGAGAAUGAGCCCCAGGGAGUUUCCUAACCUAGAAAUUGGCUCAGUGGACAGCUAUCAAGGCAGAGAGAGCGACAUUGUCAUCUUCUCGUGUGUGAGGACUGAAGGCGUCGGCUUUCUCAGCGACCAGGAGAGAAUCAACGUUGCUCUCACACGAGCCAAGCACUCGCUCAUAAUCGUGGGAAACUUCAUGUCUCUACAGAGGGACCCAACCUGGAAUUCCCUCCUCAACAAUGCAAAAAGAAGGGAAUUGUUUUGGCCAAUCGUGAAUAAAAACGAAAUAAACUCUCUCAUCUUCAAGAAGGAGGUGUUGAGAAGCAGUUUGUAAGACUGAUGGAACCAGAUCCUAAAACUACCUGUAUUAUACUUCUGUAGGUUAGUUUUGUAUUUUUGUACUGUAAUAAUUAACAUAACAUGUAUUUGUAGACUUCUCAGCAUUGAUUCAUGAGCAUUUAGGGUUAAUAUUUUCUUAAGUCAAAACUGUAUUCAAACCAAUACAAAAACAUCUAGUCCACACUUGAACUUGAAUUUAUAUGCUCAGAUAGUCAAGUCUACUUAAUUUUAGGCCUUAGAUUGUGUGUAAAGUCUUUGACUAUCAUCCAAAGUUAGGAUUUUUAUUGUUUUGACAAAUGCUAGGUUAAAACAUCACAAUUGUUAAUCGAUGUUUGUUGUAAAUAUUUAGCUUGUGAUUAAGCAUACCUAGUAAACAAUUUUGUACAAAACUUGUUGAUUUUUUAAUUCAUAAAAUUUAUUGUGUGAUUUUUAAUGGCAAGGAUGUUCUAAAGUUAACUUAGUAGUAACAUAACCAUCUCCUUAGUAGUAUUAAGAAGAAUGAAAUUACUUUCCUUAGUUGUGUCCUGGUGAAAUAGCUUAUUUUUGUACCACAUUUAUUUGUUCCUAAAACCUCAAUUAUAGUGACUUAAACCUCUUAAAUUAACUUCCAACUGGAAGAUAAACUACCGGUACCCGAUUUUUUCUUUUAAGAAAAAAAUCCCUUAGUGUAGGAAAAAUCCUCCUAUAUAAUUUUUUGUAUGGAAGCUGUUUUGUGUAAUUUGAUAUAGGCCUAAUGUUGAAGGUAUGACAGUACGGGUAUUUAUUCUAUUAUCUUUAAAUUAACUGAUUCGCAAUGUUUUCCAACUUUUGUCAUGUUGAUUAAAUUGUAAACGUGUUAAUUGAUCCAACGGUGAAAGUUACUAUGAAUUAUUAAAUAUUAAUUAUUGAUGAUUAGCUUACUACAAAACAAGAAGCAGGCCAAGAGUGUAUUAGCUUGUUAACAUAGGUUGUUUUGUUUAUACAGGGUGAGUUUUAAUUGUCCCCCCCCCAACUUUUUUCUACAUUUUUUCAAAUAUCAAUCCCAGACCACUUCCAAACAUUGUUGGGUAGUAAGUACUUCAUUUUGACAAGGUGGCCAUUUCCGGCCGCCAUCUUGGAUCCGC